GCAGGAAACAGGAAGUGUGUGCAACAAUCAAACGUCGUCAUUCCAGAUUAAGGAAAGGGAAACUUUUGUUAUCAUUUUGCGAGAUAUUUAUCAAGUAAACCACCACUAUCAAUAACACCUUGGAUUAAAUACCCACAGUAUGCCUACACAAGGAGCCUGCAGUUCGACGUUUGUUGUAUUCAUUGUUGUUAUUUGCGCUGUUGUUCAACAAGGAACUUGUGUGACUCCGUCUCCGACAUCUCCAACACCUGUUCAGAAGCCUUGCAAUGUCCGGACAUCAUGUGAAGACUGUCUUGCCAACGUAACGUGCCUUUGGUGCAUGACCAACAACACAUGCAGCCAUUAUCCGGUGUCUUCCAUUAUACCACCAUCUUCAGUGUGCAGCCUGUCCCAGGCACGAUGGGGAGUCUGCUGGGUGAACUUCGAGGCUCUGAUCAUCACCAUGGCUGUAGUGGUCGGGACCAUCCUGCUGAGCGUGAUGGUCUGCUGCUGCUGUUGCUACUGCUGCAGGAAGAGCUCCUCAGGUAGCCCUGACAGAGAUGAGGAGAGGUUGGCCAGAAGACGAGAGGAGGCCCGACAGCGCUCAGAUGACCGGAGAGUCGACAGGAAGGCUCGUCAUGAUGAGAUCCGCAAGAAGUAUGGUCUGGUUCCCGACGCCGACCACCCGUACAGCAAGUUCGAGAACGAGUAAAGCAGAGAAGCCACAGCGGUACAGGAAAAGCACUGGGAGAGGCCGCACACUUUCUCCAGACGUCCGCCAUGCCUCCGUCUGGUCUUCGUGCCAGUGGAGCUAGUCUGGUUUUGUUUUGUUUUGUUUUGUUUUUCUGACUGAGAGGGGUUGGGAGGUGGGGAGGGGUUGCUGCCACACCCAGCCUCCGGUGUUCCUGAUUGACCAUUCACCAGUUAGCGUGUCUCUUUU